GGCUCUCUAGAGAGCGGUGGCUUUCUGGUUCGCCACACUCCUCGGUCUCUCUCUCACAGCGCGAAUGUUGAAUUCAGGGGUGGCGACUCGCCGCCUCCUCUCUGCCCUCGCUUCCAGAUCCCGCAUCGCGGCCGCGGGACCGACAUCCCUCCGAGGCCUUUCCAGCGACGUACCUCCGCUUCCCCCGCCUCGGCCGAUCCCUUCCGAGGAACAGUCGCGGCCGCAGAAGGAGACCCCGGAAGGGGUGUCGCCGGUGGAGGCUACACGAAUCGCGAACGAUGACGGUGAGGCCCGGAGGAAUGGGAACCGCUCUAGGCCAACUGAAGGUGCGGCAGGUAAGUACGAGGAAACGCAGGCUCGUGUGUUCAUCGCAGCACUUCCUCACACGGCAAGGUUAGGGUGGACGGAGUCGGCUCUGAUCGCUGGGGCAAGGGAUGUGGGCGUAUCCCCAGCUAUCGUUGGCUCGAUUCCUCGUAAGGAUGCAGCACUUGUCGAGCUUCAUUCAAAUCGACCCUCAAGGGCUGGCAAAAAAUGCAAAGCACAUCAAUGCGUUAACUACUUUUGAAUGGAUCUGACUGCUCAGGCCUUAGGGUCAACUACC